GCCCACAGAAAAACAAACCAUCCAAUCUAAAAUUCCAAAAAGCUCUGGCAGAGAAGGGAACAGAGCUGGUUUGACGUCCAAGGCCCGGCAUCUCUUCCACCAUCCAUCACGGAUUUAAACCCCUACCUUUCAAAAAUCUACGGAAGAAAAAAAGAAAAGAGUCAAAAUCCUUCCUUUUCUACUCAGCUUCCUCUCUCCCUCCCUCUUUAUAUUUCGCUCACUUCCUCCUUUUCAUUCCCUUUCCCUUCUUUACUUCCCAAACCUCUCUCUGAAAAGAAAAAUCAUCCCAUCUUCAGGUUCUUUGAACCUUACCACAUCCAAAUACCCAUUUUGUGGAAGCAAAAGCGCCUGACUUUUGUUCGAUUCUUGCUGUUAACUGCCGAAUCUCACCUGGGUCUUCGUUCUUUCGUCCCCCUCUUCGAUUUUCUUUCUUGCCGCUGCUGAAUCUCAUUUGGGUCUUGGCUUUUUGUCGAAUUGCUGCCUUUUCGUUGUCUGUUGCUGCAGAAUCUCAUCUGGGUCUUUCUUCUUUGGCCGAAUUAUUGCCUUUCUCCUGCUUUUCACUGCCGAAUCUCAUCUGGGUCUUCGUUAUUUUGUUGAAUUACCGCCUCUCUCCAUCAGUUCCUAUGGAAAAAGAGAAGCUUUUCAUGAAUUCCAAUAGCCCAACUCCACUGAGCUAUGGUGGAUCAUCGUCGUCGCCUCCCAACUGGCAGCAAUCCUCGUCAGGUAUGGAUGUUCAGCUGGGUGAGUUGAAUUGCACUCCCGAACAGUUGCCGUCUUGCUUUCUCAAUCUCAAUUGGGAGGGUUCGAUGGACCAGAGCGUCCCGUUCGAAUCCGCCCUCAGCUCGAUUGUCUCAUCUCCUGCUGCAUCAAAUGCUGCCGUUCCUGUUGAGAGUGUUGUCAUUCGGGAACUGAUAGGGCGGUUGGGGAGCAUCUGUAACUCUGGCGAGAUCUCGCCACGGUCACAGACAAUGGGUGCCACCAGCCAUGCUUCUUACAUUGGAGGAAAUAACAGUACUAACACCUCAUGUUACAGCACGCCUCUGAAUUCCCCACCUAAGCUCAAUCUCUCCACCAUGGAUCAUCAGGCCAGGGGGAAUUUGCCCGUUCCAGGGGGUUCGAUAGCAGGCCGCCCGAGUCUGGCCCCUUUCUCUGCUGAUCCUGGCUUUGCAGAGAGAGCUGCCAAGUUCUCCUGCUUCGGCAAUGGAAGUUAUGGCAGCUUGACGAGCCAAUUCGGGUUCCCUGAAACUGAAUUUCCAUAUAGAUCGUCACAGCCAAGGAUGGAAAGCGGUAAGCUUUCAAGAGUCUCAAGCAGCCAGUCUCUCAAGGCUGGAUCUCAGACAGGCAUUUCAGAGAACAGGGAAAUGGCGUUGCAGGAAGGGUUGGAGGCGGAGAUGCGAUCGGCUUCUGCGUCUGACAAGAAGUUCAAUCGAUUGUCGCGCUCUUCUAGCCCUGAAAAUGCAGAAUUCAGGAUUGCCCGUGAAGAAUCGUCGGCUUCCUAUCAGAUCACACGUGGGGAGCUCAAAGGCCCAAAUGAGGUCAACGCCAGAAAGAGAAAAGCAGCUCCAAAGGGCAAGCCAAAGGAGCUCCCAUCGACUUCCUCAGCCAAAGAUGCUAAGGCAACUGAAGAUGACGAUUCAAGCACAAAGAGAUGCAAGCCGGAGGAAGCCGCUGGUGCCGGAAAGAAUGCCAUAAAGCCAAAGGCCGAACAGAAUAGCAAUGGAGUGGAGGAUUGUGAUCAGAAGAAAGGAAAAGAGAACAAUUCAAAGCCUCCCGAGCCGCCCAAGCAGGAUUACAUCCAUGUCAGGGCAAGGAGAGGCCAAGCUACAGACAGCCACAGUCUAGCAGAAAGGGUCCGAAGAGAGAAGAUCAGCGAACGGAUGAAGUUCCUGCAAGAUCUGGUCCCAGGUUGCAAUAAGGUGACUGGUAAAGCAGUUAUGCUCGACGAGAUCAUAAACUACGUGCAGUCAUUGCAGCGCCAGGUUGAGUUCCUUUCUAUGAAGCUGGCUACUGUGAAUCCGAGGUUAGAUUUCAAUGUGGAAAGUCUCCUCUCAAAGGAUGUUCUUCACUCGCGCGGGCCGUUGGCACAUACGGUGCAUCCAUUAGAUUCAUCAGCAUCAUCAUUUUCUUUUAUGCACCAAACACAACCAGGACCCCUCCAGAGCAUUGGAUCGAAUGGACCAUUGGAUGCCCAUUUCUCUCUAAAUCCAUUAGAUGCCACACUACGGCGGGCUCUUAGCAUGCAGCUUCCGACCGGUGAUGGAUAUGGGGAUGCUUCUCAGCUCGCUAAUGUCUGGGAUGAUGACCUUCAAAGUGUUGUCGAAAUGGGUUUCGGACAGAAUCAGGAAACGGCAUUCCCACUGCAGAGCUUCCAUGGUAGGAGAUCAAACCAAAUGCUCAGUGCCCACAUCCCACAUGAAAAUUGAGCUCUAAUAAGCAUAAAAAGAAAAACCCAAAUCUAAUCAAGCUCUCAACUUCGUCGCUGGAAUGCAUUCUUGGAAUGAGAGGCCUUUUGUAUAUACAGAGAUGUCAGUUUGAACCUGCGGACGGGAGUCCUUCGAACAAUCUAUCUUUAGGUCCGGACGGGAUUAUAUAUAUAUAUAUAUUUGCUAUCUCAUCAGCAACUGAUUCUUUCGAAAAAUCUCACAAGUGUCCGUUGUAAAAUCGUAACCUAAUUGCAUCCUGUGGUGAAUAAGAUCAACACCACAUGUAAGAUGUAACGCGGUGUCUCUGGAUUCUGAUUCGAUCAUGUUGGUAUUGUAAUUCGGAAAUGUUAUCAUCGUCAUUAUUAUAAUUCAUUGAAUUUGAAAUGA